AAAAAACAAGUCAGAAAACUCAGCUCUCAAACUAAAGGUCCACAUACUCUGAAAAGACUCUGUAUGGACGCAGUUAAACUCCCAAAAUAUCCUCAGCCUUCUCAAGACGUUCCUCACCCACGUUCUACUGACUCAUUCAGACUCUAAACAGCAAUGAUUAAACAUCUCAGCCUUUUGCUAGUCCUCCUGGUCCUGGCAACUAAAACAUUAAACACUGAAGAGGAGCUGAAAGAGUCUGGCUUUGGAUUUCCACCGCCUCGACACGGACUCGCUCUUCUGAAGUGGUAUGUGAAAGACUGCAUCGACAAUAACAUGAUGGCUCUCUGUAAUCCCGUAACUGGAGAGUUUGGGUUCCAUGUGUUUUAUGAUAAAGGGUAUCUGCUCCCUCCAUUGAAGGACAAACACACGUAUAAAUACUUCACCAUAGGAAACCUGAACUACCGGCACUCUGAGGAUCUCCCCUAUGAAGUGAGGAAGUACUAUAAUCCACAUGAUAAACGGAGCAACAUGGACAGAGUCCUUGUGAAGCUCAACCAGAACAAGAAUCAAAUUGAAGAGAUCUACAUAUCAGAGCACUAUAAUCCCCGCAGAACUUUUCGUUUAGGGGUCUCACUCAUCGAUGAACUGAGAUCGCAUCAAAACAUUGAAAUCUAUCAAAACAUAUCUAUGUGACAUGCAAAACAUCUCAGUGUUGAUUAACCGAGCAAGGAAUUUUUUUCACUGUAUUUAUGAAUCAAUUUCCUUCCAGAAAAAUCUUAUUUCUUUUAGUUUGGCUGGAAUAAAAAGUAUUGACGUCAAA